CACGUCCGCGGCCGCCCCCGCACGCCGCCAGCCAGCCACCCUGUCUCACGCGCCCCUCCCCUCCGCGCUCCAAAACCCUAGCUCUUCGUCGGCGAUGGCGGCGGCGGCGGGCGAGGAGGAGGCCGGCGAGAGCCGCAAGCUCUUCGUGGGCGGCAUCCCGUCCGCGGCGCAGGAGGCCGAGCUGCGGGCGCACUUCGCCCGCUUCGGGGAGGUGCGCUCCGCCAUCGUGAUGCGCGACAGGGAGACGGGCCACGGCCGAGGGUUCGGCUUCGUCGAGUUCGAGGACGAGGCCGCCGCCGCCGCCGCGCUCGGCGACGGGGACAAGCCCAGGCACUUCAUCUGCGGCAGAAUGGUGGAUGUUAAGAGGGCCAGGACAAGAGCUCCACGGAACCAGGGCGAGCAGAACUCUCAGCCUCAGCAGCCUGAAAAUGGCCGGGGUCAGGGGCACCAGGACAAUCAGCAGCCGCCCGCUGGGAACGGUACUGUGGAUGGCGGCAACAAUGUGAGCUAUGAUUCGAAGAAGGUCUUCAUUGGCGGCUUGCGGGAUAAUAUCACUGAGGAGGAGUUCAAGGCUUACUUUGAGACUUUUGGCACUGUAACAGAUGUUGUGGUGAUUUAUGACAGCUUGACAAGCCGCUCGAGGGGGUUUGGUUUCGUCACCUUUGAUUCCGAGGAAGCGGUGGGAAAGGUGAUGCGACAAAGCUUUCAUAACCUGAACGGAACCAAGGUUGAGGCCAAGAUUGCUAUCCCCAAGGAUGAGCAGUAUUAUCGUAAUGGUCGGGGCCGUGGUGGUGCACGACCCUUUGGCGGGAGGGGCCCUGCUGGCUAUGAAGGUUCUGCAUACCAACCAUACAAUGCUAGAUUUGGUCUUUACAAUGGCUACAUGCCACAACCUGUUCCUGCGCAGCCCUACUUUCCUGCACCUUAUUUUGCUGUGGGGGGCUAUCCGUAUGGGGGUGGAUACCCAAGCCAAGGUGUGAUGACAAGUGUUCCUGGCAUGAUGUCAAGGCGGGUUCCUCCGGCCUAUGGAACAUAUCCUCAAAUGUAUCCAGGAUUUAACUUUGUAUACAGAGCUGGUUAUGGAGGUGCAGCUACUUCUUUUCAGCAAGGAAUUAACGGUGGAAGUGAUAACAAGAAGGAUCAAAUCAAUGUAGAUAUUCAGCAAGUUGACGGCACUGCUAGCGUUGCAACAAUGUUGGAACAUAUGAAGCUAGGUUCACAAUGACUUUCUGUCAGGACUAUUACUUCUACAUUGAUGACACUGGAGUACAACAAUUGUUUGGGAACCCGCAACUGUGAAGACUUGAGCUGAGAUUCUUUGGUAGACAAGUAUAUCAUUGGAAUUCUUCAACUUACCCUCCAUUCCUUUUCUUUUCUACUGCCUGUAAACUGAAAGCACGCAAGCUGCUGGCUGUUGACCUCACCCCCCCCCCCCCCCCCAACCCUCUUCUUGUACCAAUGUUUAAAUUCUUUCAUCAUUUAAUGUAUCCGAAUCAGACUAUUCAACCCUAAUCGCCUGUGCAAUCCUGUUUGUUUCCA